AAUAGGGAAAGGCAAGAAAAAAAAAACGAAAAAGAAAAAGGAAAGAGGUUUACCAGCUGCUCAAGUCAUUCGAUAAAACCCUCAUAAUCAAAUCGCAGCUCUCUCUCUUCUAUAUAAUUAGGGUUCCAGACCUCAAUCAGAUUUCCUGGAAUUGAAUUCAAUAUACAAAUCUGCGAUGGAAGGAGACGGGAAAUUGGAGGCACAGAUAGAGGCGCUGCUGAAUGUCGAGAAGCAGAUGAGGCAAGCCGGCGAUGUGGCCGGCACCCGGAAGGCCGUUAGCGAAAUUCUGCAGCUCUGCUUCGAAGCGCGCGCCUGGAAGACCAUCAAUGAUCAGAUUGUUCUCUUGUCCAAGCGUCGUGGUCAACUCAAGCAGGCUGUACAAGCCAUGGUUCGACAAGCAAUGGAAUACAUUGACCAGACUCCUGAUCUGGAAACUAAGAUUGAACUUAUCAAAACUCUUAACAGUGUGUCUGCUGGGAAGAUAUAUGUUGAGAUAGAGAGGGCUCGCUUGAUUAAGAAACUUGCAAAAAUAAAAGAAGAGCAGGGACUCAUAGCUGAAGCUGCUGAUUUGAUGCAAGAAAUUGCGGUUGAAACAUUUGGAGCAAUGGCGAAAACUGAAAAAAUUGCUUUCAUUCUUGAACAAGUGCGUCUAUGUUUAGACCGCCAAGAUUACGUACGGGCACAGAUUCUCUCACGAAAGAUCAAUCCUAGAGUUUUUGAGGCUGAUACUUCGAAAGAAAAGAAAAAACCGAAAGAAGGUGAAGCUGUAGUGGAAGAGCCUCCUGCAGAUAUUCCAUCGCUGUUGGAGUUGAAGCGGAUCUACUAUGAACUAAUGAUUCGGUAUUACUCACAUAGCAAUGAUUAUCUUGAAAUUUGCCGGUGUUACAAGGCAAUAUAUGAGAUACCUUCUGUAAAAGAAGACCCAGAAAAAUGGAUACCAGUGCUAAGGAAAAUAUGCUGGUACCUGGUUCUGUCUCCACAUGAUCCUAUGCAAUCAAGCCUUCAUAACGCUACCUUGGAGGAUAAGAACCUUUCAGAAAUCCCUCAUUUCAAGGUGCUAUUGAAAAGAUUAAUUACCAUGGAGGUUAUUCAGUGGACAGUUUUGUGGAAAACGUUCAAGGAUGAGUUCGAUAAUGAAACAAAUAUGCUUGGUGGCUCCUUAGGUGACAAGGCAGCCGAAGAUCUUCGAUUGAGAGUGAUUGAACAUAACAUCCUUGUCGUGUCAAAGUAUUAUUCACGAAUAACCUUGAACAGACUAUCAAAUUUGCUUUGUCUUACUAUUCAGGAAGCAGAAAAGCAUCUAUCAGAAAUGGUUGUAUCCAAAGCACUGGUUGCAAAGAUCGACAGGCCAAUGGGUAUUGUCUGCUUCCAACCAGCAAAAGACAGUAAUGAUAUUUUAAAUUCAUGGGCGUCAAACUUGGAGAAACUACUUGACCUUGUAGAGAAGAGUUGUCACCAGAUCCACAAAGAAAUGAUGGUCCAUAAAGCUGCUCUAAAAGCUUGAGAUAAUACCAGUAACUUCAGGACUGCUCUUAUGACCCAUUUUGAGGAGCAUUGGCAGAACCUGGAAGCGGACAUUACUGCUGUUAUAUUGCUGCUUGCAUCUUAAGACUUGUGACAUUUGCACGGUUUCUGCCAAGUGCUUUUUAUGUACUUCUUGUAUGCCUUUGGUGAUUGAAUUGAUUGUGAUCAACAAGAUUUUAGAUUUGGUGACAUCACAUACUUGCUUACAUUACAUGCCAUGCCAUCUACUUAUUGAUUAGGGCACAAACUCUCUUAGUUUAUUUCAAAAUGCGACACUACUUUUAAUUGCUUACUUUGAUUCCAUUCCUCGCUCAA